CUUUCCAUUUCCCCAAGUCACAUCAAAUUUCAAACUAAAUUCAAGUCCCUAAUGGCUCCUAUUCUCUCCAAAAUCGCCAUCGUCGGCGCCGGUGUAAGCGGCAUCGCCGCCGCCAAGCAACUAUCUCACCACCAGCCGGUCGUCUUCGAGGCCACUGAUUGCAUCGGCGGAGUUUGGAAGCAUUGUUCUUAUCGCUCCACGAAGCUUCAGUCGCCUCGCUGCGAUUACGAGUUCGCCGAUUUCCCCUGGCCGAACAGAGAAAACGCCGAUUUUCCUUCUCAUCUCGAGAUUUUGGAGUAUUUAGAUUCCUACGCUAGUCAUUUCGAUCUCCGCCGCUUCAUUCGAUUCAAUUCGAAAGUCGUAGCCAUUCGAUUCAUAAGCGAUGUUUCCGCUAAUGGAGACUCCGGCGAGUACGGAGUGUUGCUCCCUGGUCGUCCUGUUUGGGAGAUUUCUGUUAUGGAUACUGAAUCUGGAACUAUUCAGUUGUAUAAGGUAGAGAUGGUUGUGAUGUGCAUCGGGAAGUAUGGCGAUAUCGCAAGGCUUCCGGAGUUUCCGAGCGGCAGAGGACCGGAGAAAUUCGCCGGGAAGGUGAUGCACUCUCUGGAUUAUUGCAAGCUUGGGAAGGAAGAAGCAAGGGAGUUGGUGAAGGGCAAGAGAGUUGCAGUCAUUGGCUACAAGAAAUCGGCCAUUGAUUUGGCUGUUGAAUGCGCCGAAACAAAUGAAGGUGAAGAAGAAGGAAAAUCGUGUACAAUGGUGGUGAGAGGGUUACACUGGACAGUGCCACAUUAUUGGGUUUGGGGUUUGCCAUUCUUCUUCUUCUUCUCCACGAGAUCUUCUCAGUUCCUCCAUGAAAGACCUAACCAGACCUUCCUCAAGACUCUCAUCUGCCUCCUCUUGUCUCCCAUCAAGCAGGGAGUUUCGAAGUUCAUAGAAUCAUAUCUGACGUGGAAGAUGCCACUGGAGAAGUACGGGUUGAAGCCGGAGCAUCCAUUUCUGGAGGACUACGCCUCCUGCCAGAUGGCAAUCAUGCCGGAAACCUUUUUCCGCCACGCCGACGAGGGUAAAAUCGUCAUUAAAAAAGCCUCCAAGUGGUGCUUCUGGAACGGCGGCAUCGAGUUUGACGACGGCUCUAGGUCGGAGUUCGACGUCGUCAUUAUGGCCACCGGCUUCGACGGCAAGAAAAAGCUCAACGACAUUUUUCCGCCGCAGUUUCGAACCUUUCUUCACUAUCCUUCCGGCAUGAUGCCCUUAUACCGGGGUACGAUCAAUCCAAUGAUACCGAACAUGGCGUUCGUGGGAUAUUUGGAGAGCGUGGCCAACCUGCACACGGCGGAGAUACGGAGCAUAUGGCUAGCCCGAUUGGUGGACGAGAAGUUGAAGCUGCCCGAGACCCGAAAAAUGGUGGAGCAAAUAAACGAAGAAAUGGAGGUGAUGAAGAGGACGACAAGGUUCUACAAAAGGCAUUGCAUAUCAACUUAUAGUAUCAAUCACAGUGAUCAAAUGUGUGAGGAAAUGGGAUGGAACCCUUGGAGGAAGAACACUUGGUUCUCUGAAGCUUUCUCUCCUUAUGGCAGCCAAGACUACAACAAAACCACCACCAAAUAAAUUCAACUAUCCUCUAUAUAUAUAUAUAUACACACACAUUAUUUACACUUGUUAUUCCAUAAAGUUUUCGUGUCUUGUGUUUUAAGGUCUUUUUUAUUUCGUAACGUUUUUUUUAUCGUACCCUUUUUGUAGUUGAAUAUAAAAAUUGGUUGAUGUUAUAUAAAUUUAUGUCGUAUAAUCCAA